GCAGUCAUCAUCUUGAUAUUGUCUAAGUGUUCAUCAGUCGCCCGUUCAUUUCUCUCUCGUCUCUCACUGUGAAUGGGACGUUUUUAAACGACAAACCAGAAACAGAAAUAACAAUGAACACGGAAACUAACGUCGAACGAUCAUGCGGCUAUGCGGUUGCAGAUUUACUGCGACCAGAGAAAAAGGCUAUUAAUAAUAACAAUAAUAGUAACAACAACAACAAUAACAAUAACGUAAAUCCGGAUUCUGGAUUCGAUGACGACUCCAGUCCGUCUAGAUCAAGAGUAAUCAAUGACGAUGGUUCAUCUGAUGAUUCCUAUAUAGAAGAGGAAUUGGACGACAAACCAGAAGCGGAAAUUAAACGUGCAAGAGUUGAGAACAUAAUUCAUUCAAUGCGUACUUGUACUAGUCCGGAGAGAAAACGAAAACAGAAGCGAAAGCAGUACUGUCCUCAGCCACUGCCCCAAUCAAAUUCGGCUGAAAUGAGCGAAAACGAAGCAGAUUUUGACGAAGACGACGAAGAUAAAAUCAAACACUACGAAAAAGAAGCUUUGGCUGCUCAAUUAAAAACUAUGCAGAGCCAAUUAGCUAUUUUACAGGCUAGACACGAUGAAUUACAAACGGAUUUGGAAGGAGGAGCAGUCGUUUGCGAGAAAAGGUUAGACGCGUCGCCUGCUGAAUUACAGGAAUUAGCCUCCGCCCUAAAGAAAGAGAUGACAUCCUCUUUAGAAUCCGUAAUUGAUCAAGUCUUUUCUCAAUUCGCCUCUAAGAGGAAGGAAACAGAAAAGUCCGCACCGAAGGAAACCCCGGGCGUCAUAGUGUCGGCAAUCAACAAAGAGAAGUCGAAGGUCGUCAAACAGAGCCCGGUGAGGGAAUUACCGGAGCGUUUAUUUAAUUUGGCGAGGCGGAGGAACUUGGACAAAGAUAAUCAAAUGCAGAGGUCGGCUGUAGUGUCGACUUCUCUUUCUACAGCUGAAGUCAAACCUUUUCCCAACGAAUACCGCCCGCCUUUCUUCCAUGCCCCCUACUACCCAUUUACUGGACCGCCACCCCCUUCGGCUCCUAUGCUGGCUGCUCUCAGACAACAGUCUUUAUUGGCGGCAGCCGCUGGUGAACCGGAGCAAACAGAAGCUCUACCAUUAGUAACUCCAAAGAAGAAAAGAACAAAGGUAACUGAUACCCGCCUUAGUCCAAGAAACGGUCGUGGCUUUCAAGAUUCUCCUACACCUCCACCCCCCCCACCGACAGAAGAGAAAAUUCAUCCAGCCAUCCCACCGCACCCUAUCUUCCACGGAUUCCACCCGAAUCCUCUGCUGCCCGUCUCCCUACCGACGUCCGUUGCUAUACCGAAUCCAUCCCUAAACCAGUCGGACGUCUUUGCUUUCUACUCGCAACCGGAAACCCCACAUUAUGGAAACCCGCUUCCGGCCCAGCAUCUAAUGACGCCAGCGGUCAAUUCUAGAAAUGCUGGUUCCCCGAAUACCCCUGACAGGAAUCAGACAUCUCCGGGCGUGCAGACUUCGAAUGGAAUGGACAACAGCCCUUCGACAUUCGGUAAUUCAGACUACGACGGCGGUCAGAUAUCCUUUUUCUUGCCUUCAUUUGUAUAGAAUUUCAAUUUUCUUAAAAGCUUUACACGGAAUAUGAGGGGAAGUAGUUGAGUUAGUGAAAAUAAGAAUUGAAAAGGGAAACAAAACUAUUAUCGUGUCACAAAAGCAGUUUUGCUGUAGGGUUCGUUAGCGAUAGCUAUUCUUGACUUUAGUAACAGCUGGGACGAUGAAAUUUUUUUUAUUCCAACACAUUAUGCAGUCCUAUAUAUCUUAUAGGGGUCAAUAGUGUUUAUUAACUGUUACUCAACAGUAUAGGGCGGGUAAUAAUAAUAAUAAGAAAAAGGAGCGACAAAGCUAUUAUCGUGUCAGAAGAAUCAUUGCUCGGGAUCGUUAAAGAUCAUGGCGCACGCCGCCUCGAUAAGCGCGCAAUAGCCCUGAGGGUUUCUCGGGGUGGUACGGGGGGAAGGUAAGCGGGAGACGGAGCAAUUGGUAUAAGAUAACACUGAGAAGUUGUUACUAAGCUAUUUCUGGCGCUCCAUAGGUGGGCUCUCACUUCCAACCGCGAUUACGGUCAUCCGCGUUUUUGUUUGUAUCGUUACGUAAGCAUAAAAGCGAACGUUAUCGGCGUUGAUUUACAUAAAUGCAUAUAGAUGAGAUUGUAAGACGCCGCAGACGGCCAUCAUCUUGCAACGAACUGUUCCAUAAUGCAUGCAUUAGAGAGCGAUCUGGGCGCCGGGCUCUAUGAAUAAAGUACAUGUUUACUGCCUCCUUUUUAUCCGAUUUGGCUUUGUGUAUGCAAAUUUCCGAUCCUUAACCUAACGAAUACACUCAGACGUUAACUCCUAUGCAUCUACGAAAGGCCAAACUCAUGUUCUUCUACACACGUUACCCGUCGUCCAGCAUCAUCAAAAUGUACUUUCCAGAUGUGAAGUUCAACAAGAACAAUACGGCUCAGCUCGUCAAAUGGUUCUCCAACUUCCGAGAAUUCUACUAUAUACAAAUGGAAAAGUACGCUAGGCAAGCCAUCUCGGAGGGUAUAUCGAAUGUGGAAGAUCUGCACGUAAACCCUGAUUCAGAACUGUUCCGAGUUCUUAAUCUGCACUAUAACCGGAAUAAUCAAAUCGAAGUACCCGAAAAAUUCCGGGAAGUCGUACAACAAUCCCUGAGAGAAUUCCAUAAGUCAAUUAUGACCGGUAAAGACCAGGAACAAUCAUGGAAGAAAGCAAUUUACAAAGUUAUUCAACGAAUGGACGAAAGUAUACCCGAAUAUUUUAAAUCUGUAAAUUGGAUGGAUCAACUAAACGAAAGAGCGUGAAAAGUGAAACAUGUCUCCUUUUUUCUUGACUCUGAUUUGUAAAUGUAUAAAGUGUGCGGUUAUUUUUUUGGGUGGUGUUUUAUUAUAAUUUCUAUUGUUUUUUAAUUAUUAUAUUUUUUUGUGCAUGCUUUUGUUAUAAAUACUCGAAUUGCUAUAUAUUGUAUAGAUACAUAUAUAUAUAUAGAAAGAAAGAGAGAGAGAGAGAGAGACAGAGAGAGCGGCAUAUAUAUAUAUGCAUAUUACACAUAGACAUUUUAAGUAAAAACUUUUUAAAUAUAUGUAUACUGUGUGUAUAUGUCUUAUAUGAUCGUUAUCAGGAAUGAAAAUAAUCUAUAUCAAAUUGUAGAACUUAAUUUUUUGGGUGGGUUUGCAUCAAUUUGCAUAUUUUUUAUUUUUUAGGUGCUUUUAUAAAUAUAUAUAUAUACUAUAUAUAUUCAAUUUAAAAAUUAUUUAUAUAUAUAUAUGUAUUUAUAUUUAUGUAUAUAAUAAUGCAUGUUUGUUUUUUUUUCAUUAUAUAUAUCUA